AUGGCUUCCACACCUCACCAUCCUCAUCCUCAUGUAGCUCUAAUCCCAUCUGCCGGGAUGGGCCACCUGAUCCCCUUCCUCCGCCUUUCAGCCAUGCUCGCCGCGCGCGGCUGCGCAGUCUCCAUCAUCGCCGCCCAUCCCACCGUCAGCGCCACCGAGUCAGAUCAUCUCUCGGCGUUCUUCGCCGCCUAUCCCGAAAUCAAACGCAUCGAUUUUCAUCUCUUGCCUUACAAGAAAUCGAACUUCAUUAACGAAGAUCCUUUCUUCGUUCAGUUCGAAGCCAUUGACAAAUCGACUCAUCUCCUUCGUCCUGUUUUGUCCUCUCUAUCACCGCCUCUGUCUGCUGUAGUCUCAGACCUUCCCGUCCUCGGCAGCAUCGCCCGGAUUACUGAAGAUCUUUCCAUUCCUACUUAUACAUUGAUUACUACUUCUGCUAGGUUUUUCUGCCUUAUGGCUAACCUUUCUCUGCUAUUAGCAGCAGGGGACGUCAAUGGCGGCACCAUUGAUGUUCCUGGUUUAGGUCAAGUUCCUGUCUCGAGCAUUCCUCCACCAAUGCUCAAUCCCAAUCAUUUCUUUUCAGCUACUAUUGCUGAAAAUACUCUUCCCAUGCCUAAACUAAAAGGCAUUCUCCUCAACACAUUUACCUGGUUUGAAUCAGAAGCAAUUGAGGCCCUGAAUGGCACUGGAUUAGCACCCAUCCUUCCUGUUGGACCCCUCCAGCCAUUACAAACUGUACAAGGAGGAUCCAAUCUUCCAUGGCUGGACCAGCAAGCUCAAGAAUCAGUACUCUUCAUUAGCUUCGGCAGCAGGACAGCUCUGUCAAAGGAACAAAUAAGAGAAUUAGGUGCAGGGCUAGAGAAGAGUGGCUGCAACUUCCUGUGGGUGCUAAAGGGCAGCAAAGUGGACAAAGAAGACAACCAAGAAGUAGAAGAGUUGAUUGGUGAGGGAUUUCUUGAAAGAACACAAUCCAAGGGGCUGGUUGUGAAGGGUUGGGUGGAUCAAGAUCAGGUUUUGGGACACCCAUCAAUAGGAGGGUUUAUGAGCCACUGUGGAUGGAAUUCAGUGAUGGAAGCAGCCAGAUUGGGGGUGCCCAUUUUGGCCUGGCCAUUACAUGGGGAUCAGAAGAUUAAUGCUGAGGUUGUUGAGAAGAUAGGGUUGGGGCUGUGGAGCAGCAGGGAUUGGGGUUGGGGUGGCCAGAAAUUGGUGGGCAGAGAUGAGAUUGCAGAUAAGAUCAUGGAGGUGAUGAUGGACGAGAAGGUAAGGGAUAGAGCCAAACAGAUUAAAGAGAGAGCCUGUCUGGUUAGGGAUGGUAAUGGAGACUCAGAACUCAAGCUUCAGGAAAUUAUUCGAUCAUGUAUUAAAGAAACAUAGGACCCUUUCCCUCCUUGUCCAUUUCCAUAGUUCUAUCUAACAUAAAUAAAUUGUAUUGUUAUCCAAUCCUAUCAACAUUAAGAACACUCUGCAUAUGUGGGCUGUCUCUGAAACUGGAAUUAGUGAAUUUGAAUACAUCAAAUGGCAUGAGUAACAUCAGAAGAAAGUGGUGUUGGAAAAACAUAAAGCAAAGAAAGCUUUAAUAUUUCAAAGGGAGGCAAGAUUAUUAUACUCGGAUGAACAAUAUGAGAUGAAAACUGGACUCAGGAAGAAAGAGCCUUCUUUGAAAUAAAGUCGAACGAUAUGCCAUUCUCUUGUAGCCGCUUUUCCAGGUCCGUCGGGCCAAAGACUAUCCCCGGGGUGUAAACCCCUCCUUUUGGCAGGUUGUCGCGGUUAUGGAGCAGCACAAGUGCACACUGAACUAGAAUUAUCGGAGUUGUUAGAUACCCGAUCUCUGGUCCCAUUACCCUUGUUAUCACUUCAGUGUCCGGUUUCUUCUUCCCCUUGGACGCUAAGCUUAUGUCUGAAUAUCCCUGUCCGACAAACCACAUCUUGAAGGAGGCGCUGGCAACUUCUUCCUCGGAAGGUCCAGUCUUCCUAAAUGCUCCCAUGCUGAAAAAUGAUGGGAAUUUCAGCAGAAGCCAUAUCCCUAGUGAGAAUCUGGUCAGAAGGCCAAGGAAUACUCCGAGCACAA